UGCACGCGUGUGUGUGCCACCAGAGGAAGCAGCAGCAAGAAGCAGGACAUCGAUCCGAAGGAGACAGCUCGGGGAGGGGGACGCUGGGGGCAGACACCCUUUCUCUCCCACGCGCGCGCGCGCGCACACACACACACACACACACACACACACCACAGUCACACACACAAGCCAUAGGGCCUCGCAGGCAGGGAGACGGCUCCGGACCGGAGGGAGGCAGCGCCGCCGCGAGCGGUCCGGAGGAGAGGGCGAGGCAGCGGGGGGAGCCCUCGGUCCGGCUCCCGGGUCCGGAGCCCCCGCGCGCACACCGGCCCUGAGACACCCUCGCAGACACUCGUAGGCGCGCACGCGCACCCUCUCCCUUCCCCCUCCGCCUCCCCUCCUGCCGCCUCCCGGCCGGACGAUGGAUCCCUGCAGAUCCCGGGGCUGAGAGCACCGCGCACCACGCACCGCGCCGAGCCCGGGCGGACCCAGCCGAGGCAAGCAAACGAGUGAGCGCGCGCGGGCGGGCGAACAGAGCCGAGCCGAGCCGGGCCGGGCGGGCCGCUCCCUGCAGGGCUCUGCGCGGCGUGCCGCGGCGGCCGCCGGCUCCCGCUCCGGGCCAUGAGCCCUUCCGCGGCUCGGCGUUGAGCCCGCGUCCGGCCCCGCGCCCCAGGACCUGCCGCCCCUUGCCGGGUGCCCGAAGCCCCUUCAGGAUCCCCUUGGCCAGGAUGGAACUGAAGGCUGAGGAGGAGGAGGUGGGUGGCGUCCAGCCUGUGAGCAUCCAGGCCUUUGCCAGCAGCUCCACACUGCAUGGCCUGGCCCACAUCUUCUCCUAUGAGCGGCUGUCUCUGAAGCGGGCACUCUGGGCCCUGUGCUUCCUGGGCUCCCUGGCUGUGCUGCUGUGUGUGUGCACAGAGCGGGUGCAGUAUUACUUCCACUACCACCACGUCACGAAGCUCGACGAGGUGGCUGCCUCCCAGCUCACCUUCCCUGCCGUCACGCUGUGCAACCUCAACGAGUUCCGCUUUAGCCAAGUCUCCAAGAAUGACCUGUACCACGCUGGGGAGCUGCUGGCCCUGCUCAACAACAGGUAUGAGAUACCAGACACCCAGAUGGCAGAUGAAAAGCAGCUGGAGAUACUGCAGGACAAGGCCAACUUCCGCAGCUUCAAGCCCAAGCCCUUCAACAUGCGUGAGUUCUACGACCGCGCAGGGCAUGACAUUCGAGACAUGUUGCUCUCCUGCCACUUUCGGGGGGAGGUCUGCAGUGCCGAAGACUUCAAGGUGGUCUUCACACGGUACGGAAAGUGUUACACAUUCAACUCGGGCCGAGACGGGCGUCCGCGGCUGAAGACCAUGAAGGGUGGGACAGGCAAUGGGCUGGAGAUCAUGCUGGACAUACAGCAGGACGAGUACCUGCCUGUAUGGGGGGAGACCGAUGAGACAUCCUUCGAAGCCGGCAUCAAAGUGCAGAUCCACAGUCAGGACGAACCUCCCUUCAUCGACCAGCUGGGCUUUGGUGUGGCCCCAGGGUUCCAGACCUUUGUGGCCUGCCAGGAGCAGCGGCAGCUCAUCUACCUGCCCCCACCAUGGGGUACCUGCAAAGCUGUUACCAUGGACUUGGAUUUCUUCGACUCCUACAGCAUUACUGCCUGCCGCAUUGACUGUGAGACACGCUACCUGGUGGAGAACUGUAACUGCCGCAUGGUGCACAUGCCAGGGGAUGCCCCGUACUGCACUCCAGAGCAGUACAAGGAGUGUGCGGAUCCUGCUCUGGACUUCCUAGUGGAGAAGGACCAGGAGUACUGUGUGUGUGAAAUGCCCUGCAACCUGACCCGCUAUGGCAAGGAGCUGUCCAUGGUCAAGAUCCCCAGCAAAGCAUCAGCCAAGUACCUGGCCAAGAAGUUCAAUAAAUCUGAGCAGUACAUAGGGGAGAACAUCCUGGUGCUGGACAUAUUCUUUGAAGUCCUCAACUAUGAGACCAUUGAGCAGAAGAAGGCCUAUGAGAUUGCAGGGCUCCUGGGUGACAUUGGGGGCCAGAUGGGGCUGUUCAUCGGGGCCAGCAUCCUCACGGUGCUGGAGCUCUUCGACUACGCCUACGAGGUCAUUAAGCACAAACUGUGCAGACGAGGGAAGUGCCAGAAGGAGGCCAAAAGGAGCAGCGCGGACAAAGGCGUGGCCCUCAGCCUGGAUGACGUCAAAAGACAUAACCCGUGUGAGAGCCUCCGGGGCCAUCCUGCUGGGAUGACGUACGCUGCCAACAUCCUACCUCACCAUCCGGCCCGAGGCACUUUCGAGGACUUUACCUGCUGAGCUCCGCAGGCCACUGUACCAAAGGCCUAGAUGAGGAGGGCUAGGAGAGCAAGGGACCCAGCUGUCCCCCCAACAUCUGGGCGGCUUACUCCCCCCUCCCAAGGCAGCCCCCCACUCCUGGGCAGUCCCUUCCUCUUGUCUGUGGUGAGGAAGGAGUCUUACCAUAGAGUCUUCUCCCCGCCUCUGUCCCUCUUUUUAUUUUUAACAAAACUAAUCUAAAAAAGAAAUUAAAAAGAGAGAAUGGGGCAAGUGACCUCAGGCUGCCCCUGUCUGCUCCAUGCUGCCUCCCCCAGCUCCCGGCCUGAAUUCUGUCUGUCUGGCUGUCUGUCAUCUGAGUGUCCGCCUACAUUCUGUUGUCACCAGUCAUCAAAGCCCCCCUCAGCGGGGCAUGGAGGAGAUCUUCAGGGCUUGGAAUUUGGCCCCAAACCAGAGAAUGUACCUUUAAGGGGAGGGUUAGUUGGGGGAGGGGCUUCCCCAGCCUUAA